GCAAUCCUCAUCAGAGACACAAGCCUCUACUUAUAACGAGCACGUCUGACCGAACAUCUUGGUUUCUCUGUCAAGAAACGAACCAUGACUUGGACACACAACUUCGAUGAGUCGCCAGACGCGGAACUCAAGGACACUCUACGAAGAGACUUCCACUGGGGUUUCGCAACCGCUGCCGCUCAAGUCGAAGGCACCUGGAACAAAGAUGGCAAAGGCGAAUCAAUAUGGGACAAGUUCUGCCACACGCCUGGCAAAGUAAAAGACGGAAGCACCAAUGAAGACGCAACUCGCGCAUAUGACCUCUACAAACAAGAUGUCGCCUUGAUGAAAAGCUAUGGCGUAACCGCAUACCGCUUUUCCCUCUCCUGGUCUCGUAUUAUUCCCCUCGGCGGUAUCAACGACCCUGUCAAUGAAAAGGGCGUUGACUACUAUAACAACUUGAUCGACGAGUUGAUCGCAAACGGCAUCACCCCCUUCGUCACACUGUUCCACUGGGACACCCCUCAAGCUCUUGAAGACCGCUACGGCGGCAUGCUGAACCAAGAGAAAUACACACCAGACUUCCUGCGCUAUGCAUGUCUCUGUUUUGAGCGUUUCGGCGACAGAGUAAAACACUGGAUCACCUACAACGAACCCGGUGUGUACACGCUCGCCGGUUACGCAGCAGGUGUCCACGCACCCGCACGCUCCUCGUUCCGCGAGCGCAAUGCCGAAGGCGACAGCUCGACAGAGACUUUUAUCGUUGCGCACACAGAAAUCGUAAGCCACGCCCGCGCAGCGAAAAUCUACCGCGAGGAGUUCAAACCGCACCAGAAAGGGCAAAUAGGCAUCACGCUGCACGGCAACUACUCCGAGCCUUGGGAUGUCAACGACCCCAAGGACGUAGAAGCCGCGCAACGCGCUAGAGAGUUUGAGAUAGCAUGGUUCGCCGACCCGAUCUACGGCUCCGGCGACUAUCCAGCCAGCAUGCGCUCUCAGCUCGGCUCGCGACUGCCCACAUUCACAGACGAGGAGAAGUCGAUAGUGAAAGGGAGUAGUGAUUUCUACGGCAUGAACACAUACACGACGUUCUUUGUGCGCCAUCUUGAUGGGGAGGCGGAUAUUAACGACCACCUGGGCAACGUCGAGAAACUGGACACUAACAGUGAGGGCAAGUCUAGAGGCCCGGAGUCAGACACCUAUUGGCUGCGCACAGCGCCCUCUGGCUUUGGGAAACUGCUCCACUGGAUCUGGGAUCGAUACCACGUGCCCAUCUACAUGACAGAGAACGGGACGACGGCGAAGGGCGAGCAUGUCAAAGCUCCCCCGUCCGCCGAAGUGUUGAACGACACAUUCCGCGUCGACUUCUUCCACAGCUAUCUUCGUGAGCUGGCGCGCGCUGUGCAAGAUGGCGUCGACAUUCGAAGUUAUUUUGGAUGGACGUUUACGGAUAAUUGGGAGUGGGCGGCGGGAUUUGAGGAUCGGUUCGGGUGUACGUGGGUGGAUUUUGAGAGUGAGGAGAAGACGAGGUUUCCUAAGCGGUCGGCGUACUUUCUUGGAGACUAUUUUACGCAUUUAAUUGCGGAGGGAUAGGGGUCGAGGUGUGCAUGCGGAUCACG